GUCUUCUGUCAACAGCAUUUCCUGCCCAAGAUGAUGGACGAUUGGUACACGUCGUUUGUACCAAGCACGCCAGCGUCAUCCGAAAAGAGUCCAGGACAAGGACAUCGGCGGCGAGCAUCCCUCCUGCAACAGCCCAAUGAAGCACGCCAGGCUGAUGAUGCUGCAGACCAACUGCCUCGUGUCACCGAAGAAGACGACAACUCUCUGAAGAAGGGGCCUCCCCCGCCGACACUUGUCAAGAGAGCACUCUCAUACACCGACUUCCACAAUGCCGCUUCAUCCACGUCGCAUGCCACCACCGCUCCCACAUCCUUGCGCAAGAACAGUUUGACGUCGGCACCGAAGCCCAAACAUGUCCUACAAUCGAACCUCGACUUUGCAGAGUGGUAUGAUGCUCUGGAAGACGACCUCCUGAAUGCCAGCCACGACGACUACUCGCUAUACUACAACCAGCUGAAGCUCUCCCAACACCAUCUCGACUCGCUGAUGGAGAGUACCGCCGAUGCAUUGACACUUUUGUCCUCUCUGUCCGACUCGUUCAAGGCGGUAGAUGAGCAGACGACGGCUUUCCAGGCCCAAUGCGAGUCACUCAUGACCGAACAGCGUCGCAUCACGGAUCUGGCUGAGAAUAUGAACCACAAUCUCCAAUACUACGCCUACCUCGAACCCAUGACCCGCAGAUUGAACGCUCCCGGUGCCGCCAACCUUGUACGCGCCAAAGAGUUCCCCGACAUGCUCACGAACCUCGACCAAUGUCUGGAAUACAUGCAGGCACAUCCCACUCACCGCGAAGCUCCCACAUACCGCUCCCGAUAUCGUCUCCUUCUGACCCGCGCGCUUACCCUCAUCCGUGUCUAUUUCACAAACUCUCUACGAGCCCUGGCCGCCGAUGCCUCGCAACGUAUUGCAGAUCGCCAACUAAACGAUACUACACAAACCGCACUCUUGUACUCAAAGUUCCGGGUCGAUGCUCCUGAAUUGAAACAGCUUGGUCUGGAGAUACAAAAGCGUGCCGUCUUGCCCGCAGGUGCAGAUCAAGGCGGCGAAGCAGAAUACCAAAGUCUUAUGAACGAGCUGCACCAGAGCUAUUCGGCUACCAGAGGUCGUCUUAUGUUUCCUAUCAUCACCCGCAAACUUACCGAGAUGGCUUCUGUCGACAACGCUGUGGGUGAUCUGGUAACCUUUGCUAGGACCGCCAUCGGCUUUGUAAGAGGUAUUUGCCUUGAUGAAUACGACCUCUGGAGUGACUGGUUCUCUGGAGACGGCGGUGUAUAUGAGUUCUUAGAGGCAAUGUGCGAGCCUUUAUAUGACCACCUCCGCCCUAGAACCAUCCGUGAGACUCGCAUACCCAAACUAUGCGAGCUUUGUACUUUUAUUCAAACACGCUUCAUGAUCGACGAAGAAGACGAUGAUGCCGAGUAUCAAGACAUAGAUUCAGCAAAGAGGAGUCUGGAUUUUGCUGCCUUGGUCAAACCUGCCUUAGAAGACGCUCAAAGUCGGUUGGUCUUCCUUGCUUUGGCUGUUUUGAGGGACGAAAUUGAAAAUUACCGUCCAAAACCGGAAGACCUUGAUUACCCAUCACAAGGAAGGGGACCAUCAACAACCAACGCUGAUGGAAAAAGAGUGGCUCUUUCCGGUCGCAAGAACUCGACGAACACCACGCAGGUGAAAUCACCUGGGGAAGAAGACGAUGCCGCCGACAUGUUUGAGCCAUCAUGGACAACAAGCGAGAAGCAAGGUAUAGUCUGGUACCCGACACUGCGAAAAGCAGUCUGGCUCCUGAGUCGUAUCUACAGACUAGUCAAUUCAACCGUGUUUGACGAUUUGGCACAUAACAUCGUUCACAGCACAACUGUCUCUCUGGCAUGGGCAGCCUCCCAAAUCGCAACAAAAUUUUCACCUGCUGACGCAAACCUCUUCCUAAUCGCCCACCUCCUGCGUCUCAAGCAACAGAUUGUGGCAUUCGACAUCGAAUUUGUUACGCCGGAAGUGACAUUUGAUUUCUCAUCCGUCACCAACACCUUUUAUGAACUUCGCGAGCGAGGUGGAUUAUGGAACCCAGCCAGUUGGGUGAAGCUCGCAGCUGGAGGGUUGAUGCCACGAGUAGUAGAAAACAUGCUCGACGCCAAAGCAGAACUUGAUGGAAGACUACGAGCAGUGAUCAACGACUUUGUUAACAGCUUUGUGGGUCCUAUCACGACACCACUCGCUGCGCCAAGGAAAGAAUCAGGACCAGAACCGAGUCAUGUCACAGCUGAGGUUCGCACGGUUACCCAAAAGGAGGUGGCAUCUUUGAGGUCGAAAUUAGAUGAGUACAUCCAGGAUGUUAGAACAAGGGAGACGCUUGUGGCAGCAGUGCGAGACCAAGUCAUACUAGCCUACGAGGAAUGGAUGGACAAGUUGAGCGAGGGCAAAGGAGCGGCCAAGAUUGGCAAAGUCAGCAAGAAAGGCAAAGGAAGAGAAGACGAAGUAUGGUCCAGCGAGGUGUUCGCAGAGUGGUGCGAGCGAGUGUUUGCCGUUGGACAAGUCGCAAGCAAUGCAGAUUCGACAGAGUCAUGAUAUGUGAGGGGUAGACUCCGCGCACCAGCAGAUUAGAAGCAGCAUCUCUUGCCGAAGGAAUAGAUGUCCUACGGAUACUUCGAGCCAGAGAAGCCAAACAGAAGUAUCGAAGGUUGAACGUUAGACGUAUACGAUAGACGAAGGAUUUCUAUAGGCUGUGCAGCAGAGCGCCACUAGAAUCAUUAUCCUAAGUGAGGUUAGACGUGUUGUGUUUUAAGGAACGGAGAACGGCAGAGAGCAUGGCCGUCGAGGCGUUUUCUCAAGGGUCACAGGGCUGUUCAUGACCAUGUGGCCGACGUCGGGGUCGCCGAGAUACAGCGGGACGGGCUAACGAGACAAGUAAGAGCAAAGCAAAUAGGCGUCAAGUCCUGAAUAGGGUUGAGGACUGAUCGGUGGC